AUGCUAUUAUUUUCUACCCUUCUUGCCUUUGUGCCACUUGUCUUUGGCAAUCCCAGCCGCUACCCAAUUGUUGACUGCACCGAUGUUGGGUUGUAUUCAACGCCGACAUAUGGGCUCGUCGAUGCUGUUUUCUCUGUCUGCGCAAGCAUCACAAUCAAGGGAACGACGAAACAAGUUUGCGACGCAAUCCUAGAUUUCCGACGCUACUCCGAAUGGAACACCUUUGUCUACAACGCCAUUCCGCCCGCCGGGGUCGACUCGCCUGCACAGGUGCGCGUUGGGAUGCCCAUACGUUUCAGCUCGACCGGCAUACCCCCCGGCUCCAGUUCGAAUGCGACUGAUAUUGUGACGGUUGUUCGGCGCCCUCUCCUUACUGCCUGGAAGAAUGAUGAGUUGGAGGCUCUUAUCGGGCACUCUGAGCAUGUGAGCGCGUUCACGCCCCUUGGAGGCGGCUGGACGAGAUAUACGCAUUGGCAGACACAAUAUGGGGAGAAGGCAAGGGAGGUUCUGCUCCCACUCAAGGAUCAUUUCCAGCACCAGUUCGAAGUUCUGGCUCGGGAUCUGAAGGGGUACGUCGAACGUAACUGA